UUUAAAUUGAAACAAGGGUACGCUAAAAAUCUCCUUUUAUAUCAUCAUCUCUCGACUCUGAAACUCUUUCUCACACACCCAAAAACCUAAAAAUGGAGGAAGAAUUUGCAGCUACGAGUAUAUCUGAUCCUAAAUCAGUACAAGUGAAGGGGGUAAAAACUCAUGGAGGUAAAUACAUUCAGUAUAAUCUUUUGGGUAACUUGUUUGAAGUCUCAGCUAAAUACAUCCCACCAAUCCAACCACUUGGUCGAGGUGCUUAUGGAAUCGUUUGCUGCGCGAAAAAUUCUGAGACAAAUGAAGAGGUUGCAAUAAAGAAGAUUGGAAAUGCAUUUGAUAAUAGGAUUGAUGCAAAGAGGACACUUCGGGAGAUCAAACUUCUUUGCCAUAUGGAUCAUGAAAAUGUUGUCAAGAUUAAGGAUAUCAUACGCCCACCAACACGUGACAUUUUUGAUGAUGUUUACAUUGUAUAUGAGUUGAUGGAUACAGAUCUGCAUCAAAUAAUACGCUCUACACAGGCACUGACUGAAGAUCAUUGUCAGUAUUUCCUGUACCAGUUACUACGAGGGCUGAAAUAUAUACAUUCUGCAAAUGUUUUGCACCGAGAUCUUAAACCAAGCAACUUGCUUCUCAAUUCAAACUGUGACUUGAAGAUUUGUGACUUUGGGCUUGCAAGAACCACUUCAGAGACAGAUUUCAUGACGGAGUAUGUAGUAACACGUUGGUACCGAGCUCCAGAGUUGCUUCUUAACUGUUCUGAAUAUACCAGUGCAAUUGAUAUCUGGUCUGUUGGUUGCAUUCUCAUGGAGUUCAUCAAGAGAGAGCCCAUUUUCCCAGGAAAAGAUUAUGUUCAACAGUUGAAACUUAUCACUGAGCUAUUAGGAUCACCAGAAGAGUCAGACCUUGGCUUCAUAAAGAGCGAUAAUGCUAAGAAGUAUGUUAAACAGCUCCAACAAGUCCCAAAGCAAUCAUUUUCUCAAAAAUUUCCAAAUAUGUCAUCAGUAGCCAUCGAUCUUGUGGAGAAGAUGCUAGUAUUUGAUCCAUCCAAACGCAUAACAGUUGACGAAGCGUUGAAUCACCCGUAUUUGUUGAGCCUCCAUGAGAUCAACGAGGAACCCAUUUGUCCAUCUUCCUUUGUAUUCGAUUUUGAACAGUCAAACUUGAGUGAAGAAGAUAUUAAACAGCUUAUAUGGGAGGAGUCUCUUAAGUUCAAUCCAGACGACACGAUCUAAGUUUUUGAUCCUAAAUCAAUUUUUGCUUUGGUUCUCUUUCUUCGUUCCCGCAAAAAAACAGUGGAGAGAUUGUUUUCGCUUGAAAGGUAUGUUUGUAUAUUUUCGCAUUUUAUGCAUGAGCUGAGUGAUCCAGGAGAUAGGUUCUCCAUGCGUAUUCAUUGAGAUGUUGUGUUCCAGUGAUGUUGUUGAAGCCAUUAAUUCACAUUUGUUUUUUUUUUACUCGAACCCGUGACUUGUGCUGAGAAGGAGACGGUGAUCAAGUUUCCUACAAGUCUUAUAGUUCAUUACUCAAACCUUAUUGCUCUGUAAAUUCUGAGUUACUGAUUUUAUAUACAAGCCUCUAUCCCGGUGCAUACACACCGAGAGUCUGCAAA